AUGCGCUCCAGAAUUUACAGCGCCGGAGCGCGCGCUGCGCUCAGCCCGGCCUAUGUCUCGUCUAGGUUGCGCCCGUUGCCUCGCAGACAUGUAGCAACCACCGCCCUGGAAAAACCUUACUACGUCACUACCCCAAUCUUCUAUGUCAAUGCCGCCCCUCAUGUCGGCCACCUAUCUACCAUGGUUCUGGCCGACGUCAUCAAACGUUGGCAGGUGCUCAAUGGAAAGAAUGCCCUAUUAUGUACGGGCACCGAUGAGCAUGGCUUGAAGGUCCAGCAAGCUGCCACAAAGGCUGGCAGUGAGCCUCUGCCCUUUUGUGACAAGGGCGCCGAGGUGUUCAAAAAUCUGGCUGUCCGGGCAAACAUCUCGAACGACUACUUUGUCCGUACCACUGAGCCUUCUCACAAAGAGGCCGUGCAAUAUGCAUGGCUUUUGCUGCAAGAGCGUGGAUACAUCUACAGCUCGAAACAUGAGGGUUGGUACUCCGUUAGCGACGAGACAUAUUAUCCAGAGUCGCAGUUGCACCUGGUGUUGGAUCCUGCUACUGGCCGAAAAAUCAUGACAUCCAUAGAGACUGGCAAAGAGGUCGAAUGGACGACUGAAGUCAACUAUCACUUCCGGUUAUCCGCUUUUAAGGACCAGCUACUCGAGUUUUACGCCAAGAAUCCAACAUGGAUUGUCCCAAAGUUUCGCAUGGAUGAGGUUGUCGCAGCGGUAGCAGCGGGACUUGAAGACCUCUCCAUAUCACGUCCCACCUCCCGGUUGACGUGGGGUGUUAGGGUUCCUGACGAUGAUAGCCAAACAGUGUACGUGUGGCUAGAUGCUCUUCUCAAUUAUGCGACAAAGAUAGGAUACCCCUGGCCCCCUGGGGAGCAAAUGACUGCCAACGGAUGGCCUGCAGAUUGCCACGUUAUUGGCAAAGACAUCACCCGUUUCCACUGCAUCUAUUGGCCUGCAUUCCUUAUGGCACUUUCUCUCCCGCUUCCUGGACGAAUCCUUACCACGGGCCAUUGGCAGUUGGCUAACCAGAAGAUGUCUAAAUCCUUGGGUAAUGUUGUCAACCCAUUCUUUGCUCUCGACCGUUUUGGACCGGACACUAUGCGCUAUUACCUUGCGCAUGAUGCUGGUAUUUCGAACGACGCCAACUACAGCAACUACCUUGUUGUUGAGCGGUACAAGAAGGGACUCCAAAGCGGGCUUGGUAACUUGGCAAGCCGUAUCAUUAAACCCAAACACUGGAGCGUGCGCAAAGCGGUAGAGACUCAACAGGACCACAAGCCUACCGAGCACCGCGAAACCCAUGCCAAAGCUCGUGAGCAUUACAGAAUGCUCCAAGGUAUCUCCGCGGCAGCCAACGAAAGGAUGUCUAGACUCGAGGUUAGCCAGGCGCUAAAAGGCAUUAUGGAAGCCGUCUUUGAAGCGAAUCGGUUCCUCCAAGGCGCCGCCCCAUGGACUUAUGUCGAUAAAGCCAGCGCUAGCGUUCCUGAGCGCCAUGCGCGUCACGUCGACCGUACCGUAUACCUCUGUGUCGAGACGUUACGCAUCGUUGGAAUUCUGCUGCAGCCUUACAUACCGUCCAAAGCGGCAGAGUUGUUGGACAUGCUGGGCGUAGAUGAGCAGAAAAGGAGCCUCGAGUUUGCGCGUCCCGGCAUGGAUGCUGAUUAUGGCACUCCCAAGCUCAACAUCAAGAAAACGGUGUUGUUCCCGCCACUGGGUAUUGAUGAACUUGAAUGA